AUGCAAAAUUCUGAUAUUAUUUCAACAGUUGAAUUUAAUUACUCUGGUGAUCUUCUUGCAACGGGAGACAAAGGUGGCAGAGUGGUUAUAUUUCAAAGGGAACAAGAGAAUAAAAGCCGUCCUCAUUCAAGGGGAGAAUAUAAUGUUUACAGUACCUUUCAGAGUCAUGAACCUGAGUUUGACUACUUGAAAAGUCUAGAAAUUGAGGAAAAAAUUAAUAAAAUUAGGUGGUUACCACAACAGAAUGCUGCUCAUUUCCUGCUGUCUACAAAUGAUAAAACUAUUAAAUUAUGGAAAAUAAGUGAAAGGGAUAAAAGAGCCGAAGGUUAUAAUUUAAAAGAUGAAGAUGGAAGACUUAGGGAUCCUUUCAGAAUCACAGCACUACGGGUGCCAAUAUUGAAACCCAUGGACCUAAUGGUAGAAGCAAGUCCCAGAAGGAUAUUUGCGAAUGCACAUACUUACCACAUAAACUCUAUUUCAGUAAAUAGUGAUCAUGAAACGUACCUUUCUGCAGAUGACCUAAGAAUUAACCUAUGGCACUUAGAAAUCACGGAUAGAAGUUUUAAUAUUGUAGAUAUUAAGCCUGCUAACAUGGAGGAGCUGACAGAAGUGAUCACUGCUGCGGAGUUCCACCCGCAUCACUGUAACGUCUUUGUCUACAGUAGCAGCAAAGGCACGAUUCGACUCUGUGACAUGCGUUCCUCAGCCCUCUGUGACAGGCAUUCAAAAUUUUUUGAAGAACCUGAAGAUCCUAGCAGCAGAUCAUUUUUUUCAGAAAUAAUAUCAUCGAUAUCUGAUGUAAAAUUCAGUCACAGUGGUCGAUACAUGAUGACAAGAGACUACCUUUCUGUUAAAGUGUGGGAUCUCAAUAUGGAAAACAGGCCUGUAGAGACAUAUCAAGUUCAUGAGUAUCUUCGAAGCAAGCUUUGUUCCCUUUACGAAAAUGACUGCAUCUUCGACAAAUUUGAAUGCUGCUGGAACGGUUCUGAUAGUGCGAUCAUGACUGGAUCUUACAACAACUUCUUUCGAAUGUUUGACCGAAACACGCGACGGGAUAUCACUCUGGAAGCAUCCAGGGAGAGCAGCAAGCCUCGUGCCAUCCUGAAGCCGCGCAAAGUGUGCACGGGUGGCAAGAGGAAGAAGGACGAAAUAAGCGUUGACAGUCUGGACUUCAACAAGAAGAUUCUCCACACAGCAUGGCAUCCCGUGGAGAACAUCAUUGCCGUAGCUGCCACCAAUAAUUUGUAUAUAUUCCAGGACAAAAUUAACUAGAGAUGACUUACCUGAGGACAGAGUCGUCGUCUUGCAUAGUUCAGCUCAGUUGUUUAUCUGUAAAAGAGAAGGCCUUGUUGUCCUACCAGUGAAGAACUUUGAUGCACUUACUUCCCUUUAGGCAAAGGAGAGGAUCUGGCCUGGUUUUUGCGUUCACGGUGCGGUUCUGCCUUCGGCGGGGCAGGGAGCGUCAGUCGCCGUGCUCUGGGAGCAACCCUCCAGAGGCAGAACUGAUGGACGGCGCUCAGUGAGGCCAAUACUCCAAACAAGUGUAUUUAUUUAAGUCUGAGCCUUCCUUUCCAGUUUAUAGACCAAAAAUUUAACACCCAA